AUGGAUCCUAAUAACCCAACAUACUACUCCAAUAGAGCAGCAGCUCGAAUGAUGCUGAAGCAAACCGAACAAGCUCUUACAGAUUGCAAACAAGCGUUAGCAUUGGAUCCAAAUUUAUUAAAGGCUUUAAUGCGCGCGGGAAAAUGCAACUUCCUUCUUGGCAAUUUAUCCGAAGCACAGCAUAUGUAUGCAAUGGCGUUGAACAUUGAUCCAACAAACGCUCAAUUGCUCACUGACCAUAAACAGUUAGAGCUAGUCAAGUAUUACAUUGAACAAGCCAAUGUGUAUCGACAGAAUCAACAAUACAAAUUGGCCAUCAAUUCUAUUGAUAGAGCUGCUUCUUCAUUUGAAUUAUCGCCGGUCAAAUUGAAGAUAAUGAAGGCAGAAUCAUUUCUAGCUUUGAAUGAAGUUCCAAAUGCCUGCACGGUCGAAGAGAUGAGAAAGAACAUUGCAGAAGUUGAAGCAAUAGUAAACGAGGUACUACGGUCUGACCGUCGGAAUUCGGACGCUCUUGCGCUAAGAGCGUACGUUUUAUAUGUCGAUGGUGACUAUACAAAGGCAAGCGCCCAUUGCGCGGAGGCAUUACGCUGCGACCCAGAUCACUCGACGGCGCGCCUACUUCGCAAGAAAGUUCGGUUAGUUGAGCAGCAGAAAAAUAGCGGCAACGAAGCUGUAAAAAAGUGUGAUUACGCAACAGCAUACAACAUAUACACGUCAGCCUUGGAGAUUGAUCCAGAUAACCUCCUCGCCAACUCAAAGCUAUACAGUAAUCGAGCUCUAGCACUAAUGAAGUUAAACAGGCUCCAAGAAGCAAUUUUAGAUCUGGACAAAGCAAUCGAGGGUGAUCCAUCGUUCGUAAGAGCAUUAAGACGCCGGGCGGAUUGUUGCAUGAAAACCGAGAAGUAUGAAGAGGCGGUACGCGAUCUCAAAUCUGCAUCAGAAUUGGAAAGAGAUAACACCCAGAUAAAAUCAGACCUACGUAAAGCCGAACAAGAGCUUAAGAGGUCGAAACGUAAAGACUACUAUAAAAUUCUUGGUGUAUCCAAGGAUGCGUCCGAGUCAGAUAUAAAAAAAGCUUACAAAAAGCUAGCACUACAACAUCAUCCAGACAAGAACUGCGGCGAUGAGGAAGCAGAAAUCAAAUUCAAAGAAGUUGGUGAAGCAUACACUGUACUAAGCGAUCCUACCAAGAAGCACCGUUACGACUCUGGACUCGAUAUUGACGGAUCAGGUGGGAUGGACUUUGACUUUGACAUUGGAGGAGACCCCAGCAUGCUCUUCCAGAUGUUUAUGAAUGAUCAAAUGGGAAGGGGAGGAUUUUCUAGUUCUAGAGGUUUUCCACCACAAUUUGGAGCACAGUUUGGAGGGAGAAGAUCAUAUUCUGGACAGAAUCCGCGCACCAGUCAAUACUUCUGA